AUGGCAGAUCAAACUGAUUCGGGUCCACGCCCCGAGGACCCAGAAAGACAAGAAGAUUUAGACGAACUGGAACCUAAUGUGUAUUUGAGUCCAUUUUUGGAAGUGAUUCGCUCCGAAGACACCACUGGGCCUAUAACAGGGCUUGCACUCACUUCUAUCAACAAAUUUCUAUCAUAUGGACUUUUAGAUCCUUGUUGUGAUACAGCCCCUGCUGCCAUAGAGAAUAUAGCUGAUGCUGUAACCCAUGCACGCUUCGUAGGAACUGACCCAGGAUCUGACGAAGUGGUACUCAUGAAAAUAUUACAUGUGUUGCGGACACUGCUACUGACCGCUGCUGGGGCUCAGCUGACCAAUGAGUCUGUCUGUGAGAUAAUGCAGUCAUGUUUCAGAAUAUGUUUUGAGAUGAGACUGAGUGAGCUGUUACGUAAGUCAGCUGAACACACACUUAUGGACAUGGUUCAGCUCCUGUUCUCUAGACUUCCUCAGUUCAAAGAAGAUGCUAAAUGGGCUCUGGGGAUGAAGAGGCUAAAAAUGAGAGCAGGUGUGAUAGAGACGCGAUACAAAAAGAAGCGUUCUCCAAAGACAAAAAGAAAAAGAUCAGCAGUCCAAGCAGUAGGUGGUAAUCAGCUGGCAGCAACCACUGUACCAGAAUUAGAUGAUUCACCAAAAGAAGGUGGCACAGAAGCUGUUUCUGACCAGGCUGCACAAAGUGCGACAGCAACAGCUCUGGAAGAUGAAGAAGCCAUGUUUGAACAGCAUGCUACCAUAGCCACCACACCAGUGGCUGGAGGAAUGAACAUGGUGGACAUACACGAGGGGUUUCAGAGAAAGAAGAGGUAUGAGAAACAACUGAACCAGAUUGAUGGGACACUCUCAACCAUAGAAUUCCAGCGGGAGGCCUUGGAAAAUGCCAGUACUAACACAGAGGUUCUCAAAGUAAUGGGGACAGCAGCAAAGGCUCUGAAGGGUGCCCAUAAUGACCUGUAA